GCGGGGAGGGAGCCGGGUCCGUGGAGCGCCGCGUCCAUGCCGCCCGCCGCGUCCACGCCGCCCGCGCCCCGCCCCGGGGCCCCGCGGCCCGCCGCCCUGCUGCUGGCGCUGGCGCUGAGUCUGGCGGGGCCCGGGCUGCAGGCGGCGGGGCCGGGGCCAGGGUCGCCGGGGGUCCCCGGGGUCGCCGGGGUCCCCCCGCCCGGGCUGCUGCGGCAGGCGGCGCGCGCGGCCCUGCACUUCCUCAACUUCCGCGCGGGCUCGCCCAGCGGGCUGCGGGUGCUGGCGGCCGUGCUGCGGGGCCGCGCCGCGACCAUGAGAAACCCACCAGCACUUUGCUUUUCGGUGCCUUUAGUCAUCUCCUUGGGAGGAAGCUCAGUAGUUGGCAUCUUUCACCAAAUAAGCUCCCAGAACCACGUUGACGCGCGGAGGACCUGCCGGGUGGACCUGGAGUUCACGGCCGAGCGCUACGGCCCCGAGGCCGACGGACGUCUGGGGAGAUGCUCGGCUCGAGUGGUUUUCAGGCGUCAGCAGCCCAGGCCGGCCGUUAACGUGACUUGCGCUCGGUUCAUGGAGACGAGCCGGAGGCGGCGGGAGGAUCUCCUGCUGUACAAGCGCGCCAAGCGGCUCCGAGCCCCGCCGGGGGCGACCAGCAUGCCCGACAGUCACGGAUGGAUCGAUCCCUCCCUGAGACCUAUGUGGGAUUUGGCUUUUCUCGGCAGCUCUUACGUGAUGUGGGAGAGGACGACACAGACGUUACACUACUACAUGGCGCAGCUCAGCAGUGUGAACCAAUGGAAAACGAAUGAGGACGCAAUUGAUUUUGAUUACACGGUUCUGCUCCACGAAUUCUCGACGCAGGAAAUCAUCCCCUGCCGCAUUCACUUGGUCUGGUACCCAGGUAAGCCGCUGAAAGUGAAGUACCACUGCCAGGAGCUGCACACAGCACAGGAGGGCUCUGGCACCGAAGGAGGCUGAGCUGUGGCGCCAACACAGCCUAGUAGCUUCUAGAGAAGAAAAGAAGAAGAUCUGCUCACUCCAAACUCUAAACAAAGUGACUGUACUAAAUCAUCACUAAUCACUCUGGUAAAACAGGGAAGGUGGAAGGUAUUCUGGUCUUUGGCAGGGCCUGCAGUCACGAUCCUCAGCAAUUACAAGACGUUGGGGUUUUUGUUUUUCUGUUGGUUUCGUUCAUUUAAUCAAUUCUGGGAACGCAGGCGUACCGAACCCUGCUCCGUGCUAAGAGUUUGCUCCACGGGCUUCUCGGGGUUUCGGCCCUAAAUGCUGUGCUUGGAUCAAUACACACUGAGGAAAACAAAAGAUUGGUGGUCUCACCUCUGUAUCUCCCAUUACCUUGAACGUAGCGCAGCCGACUACUUUCUGUUGCUAGAUUCCUGCUUCCUAGGAUGUAAAGAGGCUAAUAUAUCUCAAUAAAGCAAAUUGUAGAGAAAAUA